AGAAAAAAAAACUUCAAAGUUAGAAUCCAAGGCACACCAGAGAGGAUAGCCCCACAUUAUCAUAAAUACAAUCAAUUAAUUUCCUACACCUUAUCAGAAAGCUAAUAAAAUCAAAGGAGCCCACCUUCUCCUUCAAUUAAGUUCCUCACUCACGCAUUUUGUGGGUCACACAAAACUCUUAUGACAUAUGUCCCUCCAAAUUUCUAACUUUUUCAACAUUCAAACCAUUUGAUUGUAACCAUUCUAAAUAUAUAAACUAUCGUAAUCCACUAAUAUUAUUGACGUAUGGAUAUCGCAUGAUGUAUACGUUUUACGACCCGUAUAUUCACAUACUUAAUGAUGAAAGACUUACAAGUCACAUUAUUUGUUGUUAUAUAAACCUAAAGACCUUAUAUUUCAUUCUAUCAUAUACUGUAAACUUGUUCCUCCUUAUCAUCCAAGUAUCUCAUCUUCAAACCCUAAUUUAAUAAUGUCCAUGAAAGGGAUCUCAUCAGCAGAACCAGAUAAGGUCUCCAAGAGAAUGUCUUCUCACAAGCGCACUGAUGCUUAUUCUGGCGAGCUCGACGUGUUCGAGGCCGCCGUAUACUUCUCCGGCUACAACGACUUCUCCUCAGGUGACCAUAGACACACACAAAAGUAUAGUUAUAACGCUGCGAGAGAGGAGAAUCGAAGGAGAUGGGGAAUAUUAGGAGGAGGGAGAAGAAGAAGCCUUGAUUUACCGAUGAGAUAUUCAGAGCAGGUGCAUCAUCUUCACCAAGAUCAUCCUGAGAAACAAGAUGUUACAAUAAUCAAAGAGAGGUUUGGUAACGUGAGACACAAGCAACCAAGCUCGCCUGGUGGGAGAAUCGCCAGCUUCUUGAACUCUUUAUUUCACCAAGCGGGCUCGAAGAAGAACAAGUCAAAGGCAAAGCCAACGGACCGAGAAGUCGAAGAUGAGAUCCCUGGAGGUGGAUGGAUGAGGAGGAGGAGAAGAAGCAGUAUUAGCCAUCUCUUAGGCUCAAGUAAAUCUAAUUCAACAGCCACAACGACAUCAUCAUCAUCAAAAUCUCUGUUCUCGUCGUCAAGCUCGGGUUUCAGAACUCCUCCUCCUUAUUUAAACACUCCCACCAAGAACUACAAGCAGUUCUUGAAUUUCACUUCUACCACAAACCAAGUGGAAGUACUGGAAGAAAAGAAAAUAAACAAAGAGUUGUCUUGGCUUGAUGAGAAACUUAGAGUGAUGGAAAACCUCUCAGAGAAAGAUAAGUUUUGGGCUGACCAUGAUGGUGAUAUUGAUGAUGAUGAUGAUGAUGAGGCCCGGAGAAUAAAGAGCAAGGGAAAGGAUGAUGAUGGAAUGGAGAGUGAUUCAAGUUCUGAUCUCUUUGAGUUGCAGAACUACGAGUUGUCUCGUGGAGGCUUGCCAGUUUACGAGACUACCAAUGUAGCUAACAUCAACAACACUCAUCUAUAAUCUUUGUCUUGGAGUGUCAUGAUGAAUCCAUCAGAUCUUGGUAAAAAACCCAUAAAACAAUAAUUAUAUUAGUUGUUCUUGUCUGAUCGAUUAUAUGUAAUAUUCUUUUGGAUUUCUUGGAUUUGAUUGUGGAAGGUUUUUUUGGUAUGAGAUCUGAGGGUAGAUUUGAUAAAUACCUUCUCUCACUUGGAUUUUGUUUCCAACUCGUUACGUGUAUUUUCCUGUAAAAUAUUUUUUUUGUAUAAAUAUUGUUAAUAUUUUAUCAUCAGAUUACGUGGU